CUUCAGGCACUGAAGCGAGGGACGGGAGACUGCGACACAGCGCGCGCUUCCGAGGAGCUCCAGGCGCCGAGGAGCCGGGCCCGGGAGGCCCGACGGCGCGGCCAGCAUGUGGGACCCGCAGGAGUUCGAGCGCCACUGGCAGGCCGAGUUCCCCGGGGAGGAGGCCCCGGUCAUGAGGCUGGAGUCGGUGCCGGACAUGGAGCGCGAGCUCGAACGUUGCAAACUCAACCUGAAGCGGCUGCAACAGGUGUUGGCCGAGGAGAAGUUCAAAGUCGGCUACCUGCAGGCGGCCCUGGCUGGGGAGAAGACGGACCCACGGGGAGGGCGGCCGGAGGGCGGGGACGGCGGCGGCGGGAGCCGGGGAGCCUCCGCGGAGGAGCCAGCCGGAGCCGAGCGCGCGCCGCCGCCGCAGCCGCCGCCGCCGCCGCGCGAGGACCGGGGCGCCCCGGCCUCCCCAGGCCCCGCGCGCCCGGCCCCGGAGGUGGCCACGCCGCCCCCCGACGCGUGCCUGGACCUCCCCGCCUGGCCCGGGGCGGUGGAGGGAGGGGGCGCCGUGCGCAGCCUGACCGCCGCCAUCCACCAGCAGCUCGUGCAGCCUCGCCUGCUCUUCAGGCUCCGCGAGGACGGUGCGCUCGGCGGCCGCGAUGGCCCCGGCCCCGGUGGCCCCGGAGAGGACCGGCCCUCCGGGGGCCGCGCGGGGCGGGGCUCGGACGAGGGCGAACCGGACGCCUCGGGUGGCGAUGACGGAGGCGACUGCAGUGACCACGACUUUGAGAUGGUGGAUUUGAAUGAGAAAUUCGUCCUGGGCCACCUACUUGUGGCCCCCUGCCGGUUUGGGAGCCGCGACGAGGCCGAGAGGCCGGCGCGGCCGUGCAGCCCCCACCGCUGGAUGCACCUGAUCUCCGGAGGCUGGCGGCACCACCGGCGGCGGAGCCGGGACCUGGACCAGCUGGAGGCGGACGAGGAGCCCCCCAGGCGCGGGGCGCGGGAGCACCUCGCCCAGUGGGGGCGCAAGAGGUUCCUGCGCUUGCCGGACCGGGAUUCGCCCAGUCACAGCUCGCCGGAGAGAGGCAGCGACUGCAGCCACAACAGCUCCGACCACGAAGACGCCUUCUCCGCAGACUUCAGCUACGGGGCCGAGGACUACGACGCAGAGGGGCAUGAGGAGCAGAAGGGGCCCCCCGAGGGCUCAGAGACCAUGCCGUACAUCGACGAGUCACCUACCAUGUCGCCCCAGCUCAGCGCCCGAAGCCAGGCUGGUGGGGACAGCAUCUCACCCACCCCACCUGAGGGGUUGGCAUCUGGGGUGGAGGCAGGGAAGGGCCUGGAGAUGAGGAAACUGGUUCUCUCGGGCUUUCUGGCCAGUGAAGAGAUCUACAUUAACCAGCUGGAAGCCUUGUUGCUGCCCAUGAAACCCCUGAAGGCCACAGCCACCACCUCCCAGCCCGUGCUCACCAUCCAGCAGAUUGAGACCAUCUUCUACAAGAUCCAGGACAUCUACGAGAUCCACAAGGAGUUCUACGACAGCCUCUGCCCCAAGGUGCAGCAGUGGGACAGCCAGGUCACCAUGGGCCAUCUUUUCCAGAAGCUGGCCAGCCAGCUUGGUGUGUACAAAGCAUUUGUGGAUAACUAUAAAGUCGCUCUGGAGACAGCUGAGAAGUGCAGCCAGUCCAACAACCAGUUCCAGAAGAUCUCUGAGGAACUCAAAGUGAAAGGGCCCAAGGACUCUAAGGACAGCCAUACGUCAGUCACCAUGGAAGCUCUGCUCUACAAGCCUAUUGACCGAGUCACUCGGAGCACCCUGGUCCUACACGAUCUGUUGAAGCAUACACCUGUGGACCAUCCAGACUACCCACUGCUUCAGGAUGCCCUCCGAAUCUCCCAGAAUUUCCUGUCCAGCAUUAAUGAGGACAUUGAUCCCCGCCGGACUGCAGUCACAACCCCCAAGGGGGAGACUCGGCAGCUGGUGAAGGACGGCUUCUUGGUGGAAAUGUCUGAGAGCUCCCGGAAGCUGCGGCACGUCUUUCUCUUCACAGAUGUCCUACUGUGUGCCAAGCUGAAGAAGACUUCUGCAGGAAAGCACCAGCAGUAUGACUGUAAGUGGUACAUCCCCCUGGCCGACUUGGUGUUCCCAUCCCCUGAGGAGUCAGAGGCCAGUCCCCAGGUGCACCUCUUCCCAGACCACGAGCUAGAGGACAUGAAAACGAAGAUCUCUGCCCUCAAGAGUGAGAUCCAGAAGGAGAAAGCCAACAAAGGACAGAGCCGAGCCAUUGAGCGUCUCAAAAAGAAGAUGUUUGAGAAUGAGUUCUUGCUGCUGCUCAAUUCCCCAACCAUCCCGUUCCGGAUACACAAUCGGAAUGGAAAGAGUUACCUGUUUCUCCUGUCCUCUGACUAUGAGAGGUCGGAGUGGAGAGAAGCGAUUCAGAAGCUACAGAAGAAGGAUCUCCAGGCCUUUGUCCUGAGCUCUGUGGAGCUCCAGGUGCUCACGGGAUCCUGUUUCAAGCUUAGGACUGUGCACAACAUUCCUGUCACCAGCAAUAAGGAUGACGAUGAGUCUCCAGGACUGUACGGUUUCCUUCACGUCAUCGUCCACUCUGCCAAGGGGUUUAAACAAUCAGCCAAUCUUUACUGUACUCUGGAGGUGGACUCCUUUGGCUAUUUCGUCAGCAAAGCCAAAACCAGGGUGUUUCGGGACACGACGGAGCCCAAAUGGGAUGAGGAGUUUGAGAUCGAGCUGGAGGGGUCACAGUCCCUGAGGAUCCUGUGCUAUGAGAAGUGCUACGACAAGACCAAGGUCAACAAGGACAACAAUGAGAUUGUGGACAAGAUCAUGGGCAAGGGGCAGAUCCAGCUGGAUCCUCAGACUGUAGAAACCAAGAACUGGCAUACGGAUGUGAUUGAAAUGAACGGGAUCAAAGUGGAAUUCUCCAUGAAAUUUAGCAGCCGUGACAUGAGCCUGAAGAGGACCCCAUCCAAAAAGCAGACGGGCGUUUUCGGGGUGAAGAUCAGCGUGGUGACCAAGCGGGAGCGCUCCAAGGUGCCCUACAUCGUACGGCAGUGUGUAGAAGAGGUGGAGAAGAGGGGCAUUGAGGAGGUUGGCAUCUACAGGAUAUCAGGGGUGGCCACGGACAUCCAGGCGCUGAAGGCUGUCUUUGAUGCCAAUAACAAGGACAUCCUACUAAUGCUGAGCGACAUGGACAUCAACGCCAUCGCUGGUACCCUCAAGCUCUACUUCCGGGAACUGCCCGAGCCCCUCCUCACAGACCGACUUUACCCGGCGUUCAUGGAGGGCAUCGCCCUGUCAGACCCUGCUGCCAAGGAGAACUGCAUGAUGCACCUACUCCGCUCUCUGCCCGACCCCAACCUCAUCACCUUCCUUUUCCUGCUGGAACACUUGAAAAGGGUGGCUGAGAAGGAACCCAUCAACAAGAUGUCGCUCCACAACCUGGCCACUGUGUUUGGCCCCACGUUACUGAGACCCUCAGAAGUGGAAAGCAAAGCACAUCUCACGUCAGCUGCAGACAUUUGGUCCCAUGAUGUCAUGGCCCAGGUCCAGGUCCUCCUCUACUACCUGCAGCACCCCCCCAUCUCCUUCGCAGAACUGAAGCGGAACACACUGUACUUCUCCACAGACGUGUAGCCCGGGGUGGGCAGCUGUGGGGGUGGCCAGAGGCAGCCCUCCAGCCGGGGCCCGACAGACUUGAAAGACUGCAACAGAACUCCCCAGCCUAGCACUCCAGAGUCCAAGGGAAGCUAUCUUCCGAGAACUGGGACAUGUGCGUCUUUUGUGCCACCUUGUACAGAGCCAGCCGACCACCCCAGCCAUCUCGCCACACCCCAGCUCCUACGCUCCAUACCUCGGAGUGUGUCUGAUGCUCCAUGCUGUCCAGGAAUUGUUUUAUGUAUAUUUGUCAUGCAGAAAAGGUAGUGGCUGAGCUGCUGUGGACACAGUCAGCCUGCUUUGUUCUUUCAUUUCUCCCAACACUUUUUUUCUGCCUGAGUCCAGUCCAAGGACUUUUAUUUUGCGCUGUGUAAGUGCUGCCAGCUUCUCCUCGCCUGGCCCCGCUCCCAGAUUGCAGCCUCCCUGCAGUCCCUGCCCUCUCCAUCUUCCCAGCCUGCUGCAUGCAUGUGCAGCAGGGGCGUCUGCUCCAUCACUGGAAACCUGCAGAGGCCCUGGGCAGUGGUGGCCUGAUGUGCCGCGGGCCGCCCUCGGCCUCCUGGCUUUCCACCUGUGGAAGCACACCUGCUUUCUUUGCUGUCUGUGCAAAUGUUGACCAAGGAGACAGACAUACGCUAAUCUCAGCACAGAGCUGGAGAGCUGAUUUCUGGAAUGUUCUAUUUGAGAAUUACCAUUUCUGGGAUAUGUCUGUUCUGUCUCCUGCCUACCAGUGCGGCAUCUUCAACUGUUUUCUUCUAUUGCUGAAUUUUCUGUUCCUUUUCUCCUGGUGUUCUCUUUUCUUUGAGUGUAAUGACCCACAAGUGCCCUGCCAUCAAGAGAGGUCAGGAAGGCACCUGAAGGGUGUGGUGGGCACCCAGGCUGUGAAGGAACAAGAUGGGUAAAGCAGACAGCAGCGGCAAGUCAAAGGAAGCCAGUCUGCAUAGUACAGACCUGCUGAGGCUGCCCUAGGGGAGCACGGCCUCCCGGGCGCCAACUUCUGUGGCUGAAUCAGGUGUCCAGAUGAAAAGCGGCUCUGUCCUGGAACCUGGAACCUCACAUACCUCGUGGUACUUUUGCCUUAGAUUUUACACUCUCAACAGCCAAGCACUGCCACGGGGCAGCCACAUGGUCAUGUAUGCUUCAGAGCCUAGAAACAGCAGACACAAACAGGCUGGAAUGGUCCUGCCCUGGCACUGUCCUCAGUUGUAAAUUCAGGCCUGUGGGUAAUCCCAGGUGUAUGAGAUAGGCCGCCUCUCUUGUGGGUUCUGCUGUUGCUCCGGAGCAUGGGGUCAGCAGCUGUUAUUCCCAGGUCUGUCACCUAUUGCUUGUUACUAAAAAGGAGUUUUACCCCAAAGCACCAUUUCCAGUCUGAGCAGCAACUACCAGCUGUGGCAAUUAGGGAAAGAAAGGUGCUCCUGUCAUUGGGGCUUGAGCUAUCACACAGCUUCCUGUGUCUUCUAUGUGGUAGACACAGCUUGGGGAGACAAGCUGUCACUGUGUAUGCUCAGGGCUAAGUCUAAAGAAUGGUUUGCUGGCCCCUCAAGCUCUUGUUUGCUGGGUGAGAGGCAGGGCUUUUUUCAGGUCCUGUUCAUACUGUUGCCUUUGACAGAACGGUACAGUUUGUGCAUGCAGGAGGAAGGAAUGCCAACUUCCCAGCUGCCUGUUAGUUCAACAAGGAGCCUUGCUGCCUCAAACAGGUGAAAAGAGAAUGCCCUUGAGUGUAAAGAUCAUAUCACCCAGCCACCAUCUGGCACCCGGGUAUUGCUGGAGUGUGGCAUUCUUGCUUCCAAAGGAUUGACAUCAAAACCCAACCGGAGCUGCUUGCAGCUCAGAACAGUGCCUCCUGUCUCUUCAGAACAAGGGAUAUUGGCUUCUCCGCAUCAGCUACUGCAGACCCCAUCUUGCUUAGGCUGUACAAAAGCAGGAAAGCCGGAGGAGCUGAGAAUUACUAAAAGUUCCUAUUAUUUAUAAAUUCCACCACAAGUGGAGGGAGUCAGGUGCCAGACCUGAACUGAGGUGCACCAAGGAAGUAUCUGGUGGACCUCUUGAGAUCAGGGCCAUGCAGCCCAGGACCCCCUCGCUGCCAGCAGGGCACCAGGAGACAGGGUCCGGUAACCUAGGUAUGCCUGUACUUGCUUGGGCAAUGACUGAGGGCUGCCAGCUUUUGCUGACAGGUAGGAUGGGACCCCUAAUAAGUUGGUAUGGAUAUAUUUUUUGUCUCUGUUCUGUUUAAACUUAUGUAGAUUAUUAUAAAUUGAUGUAAACCACGUGAGAGGGAAAUGUUAAUAAAAAACUGCAAAGCCUCAUCAUUUGCACAAAACUCA